AUGAAUGGGAAAAGUGAUCAUCUCCAACGAAUUUCAGAUCAGAAGAUGGCAACCGAAGCAGAUCGUCUAGACGAGGAGAUCUGUAAAGAAGCGUCCAGUUUUACCAAAAUAUUCUACGACGCUAUGGAUCGAAAACGUGACAAAAUCAAUUACCUUUAUUGUGAAAGCGGAUCAACGUUGGUUUGGAACGGAAACCCUGUAUCAGGAUGCGAUAAUAUAUUCAAGUUCAUAUCAUCGUUGCCGGAGACUGAUCACCAUUUGACCUCUGUGGAUGUCCAACGAGUGAAUGCAGGACUUCCAGGCUCUCCGGAUUUACUUACGGUUACGACUGCCGGUACGGUCACAUUGGGUGGCACAGUACACGCCUUCACACACACGUUCAUUCUUAUGGUUGAAGACGGAAAAUACAAGGUAUUUUAG